AGGCGCGCGAGCGUCAGUGGAGCCCGGGAGCUGCGAGCAGAGAGCAGCGUCGUGGUCCGGCAGCCGCACCGAAGACUCCCGUGGAGACCGUCCGCCAUGACCCCGUAGCUUCAGGAAGUGGUCCCUGGCCUGCAGUGACGUCUGCCUGCAGGUGGAGAGCAGGGCGGAGACAUGGCCAUCGCCCACGUGGCCACAGAGUACGUCUUCAGCGACUUCCUGCUGAAGGACCCCAGCCAGGCCCGGUACCGCAGCGUCCGCACCGAGCUGGCGGUGGACAAGGUGGUGACGUGCGUGGCGGUGGGGCUGCCGCUGCUCUUCAUCUCGCUGGCCUUCGCUCAGGAAGUCUCCGUUGGAAGUCAGAUCAGCUGCUUCGCUCCCUCCAACUUCUCCUGGAGGCAAGCUGCGUACGUGGACUCCUUCUGCUGGGCGGCGGUGCACACACACACGCCUCUGUGGCUGCACAAGUUCUUCCCCUACAUCCUGCUGCUGGUGGCGGUGCUCAUGUACACUCCCGCCUUGUUGUGGAGGUUCCUGGCGGCGCCGCUGCUGCAGUCGGACCUGGGCUUCAUCAUGGAGGAGUUGGACCGGUCCUACAACCGAGCCGUCACUCUGGCCAAGCGCAUGGCCUCGGCGGGCCUGCUGACCCCAGACAGCGACCCCACCGACGGCUGCUUCAACUACCCGCUGGUGGAGAAGUUCCUGACCACCAAGCGCUGCUCGCGGACGCUGCUGCUGUACUACCUGCUGUGCCGCGGCCUGACUCUGGUCACGCUGCUGUGCGCCUGCUGCUACCUGGGCUACUACCUGCGCCUGGCGUCCGUGCAGGACGAGUUCGGCUGCUCGCUGCGCGUGGGCCUGCUGGAGUCGGACGCCAGCGUGCCCGAGCUGGUGCAGUGUAAGCUCAUCGCUGUGGGCGUCUUCUCCCUGCUCAGCCUCGUCAACCUGGUCUUCUUCCUGGGUCUGAUUCCUGUGGUGGUCUUUGCCGGGCUCCGCCCCCUGCUCCUCCGAGGCCACGCCCGCUUCCUGGAGACCUACCAGUCGCUGCCCACCGUCAGCGUCCUGCCCUCCCCCACCGGCGCCGGGCAGUGCAAUGACCUGUCUCUGUAUCUGCUCUUCCUGGAGGAGAACGUCAGCGAACUCAAGUCCUACAAGUACAUCAAGGUGCUGGAGCUGCUCAAGAGACGAGGCGACUGUGCCGGGGAGGACUUUGACGCCAUGGGUCUGCUGCAGACGCUCUGCCUGGUGAAGAUGGACACGCUGGACGGGACCGGAGCGGCGGCCGCGGCCGCGGCACAAAACCAGAGCCCAGAGAAGACGGAUGCAGAAGAAGCAGCCGACCUCGGCCCCGGGCGUUUAAAUCCAGGCGGGUUAAACAGCGGCGCGACGGACACCGAGAUGAAAGAGCUGGCACCCUUGUUAUCGGAGAACUGCGACGUGACGGGAAGCAGACCUGGAGAGGACGGAGGGGUUCUCCGGCAGAGGCCGAUGUGAAGCAGCACCUCCUGAAGGGGGAACGCACUCCAGCCACUCUGCUCAUGUUGUAGUUUUCCUGUGGAGCAGAGGAAUUUUGAAUUUAGUGAAUAAAGAGAGCAGGAGAUUACAGCGGACAUAAGAGGACAGAAAAUUCCUCCAACAGUACGAAACUCAUGUCAUGUGACGCAUCAGGACUGUUUUAAAGACCGUUCUGCUUUGACCCUAUUUCCAUGCAACUUUCAAAAAGUCACAGUGGGACAUUUUCCAACUCUUUCACAAGACUGACGAGGACAGUGGGUCAGCUGGUUGAGUCAGAUUGAGAUUUGACUGGAUCCAUGUUUUAGUUCAGAUCUCUCUCCUGCUGCCCUCCAACCACCUCAAACUGGAACACAGUCCAGCGAGCGGGCCUCAUCACAUCGAUGUGAAAUGGUUUUCACUGCAACGUUACUACCAUGCCACAGGAAUGCAGUGUUGAAGGAAGUUCCACUUGGACUUCUCCAGAGCUUCAACAGACAUGAUCUUCUCACUGAGUGUAGAAGAGUCAGAUGAACAAAGUCCACUGAAAUUAGAGGUCAGUGCUGAAUACGGCGGGAAACAUGCAUCUUUGGUCUGGUUUCUGCGUUUCUGCUUGGACCUCCAACACAGCUUAUUGCUGUUAGUGCCCUUGUUAGGUUGAUUUGGUGUUUGAGGUGGACGUCCUUCGAUUUGGGUGUUGUCCAAACUGUUUUCUGUCUCAAAAGGAAAAACUACUCGAUAACGCUAACCCACAAGUCUUGAUCUGAACUUAAACACAUUGCUGUUGGGAGUGUUUUUUUUUUGGGGAGCUUUGAGUCUGUCGGUCACAUUUCAGGACUGUCGGGGCUGUGAUGUGGAGGCGGAAAUGUUGUUCUCCUGUCAUCAAUGAAAACUCUCAAACUUUACCAGGCUUACAACUGGAUGUUUCCUCUGUCAUGUUCUUUUUGGUACGAUAGCAUAAAAAAUGAUAUGCAUGUGGAUUUAUUUUUAAUGGUGGUUAAAAAAAAUAAUUCUAAAGUAAACUAUCAAAUCUUUUCCUGUUUGGAUCGGUCUCAGGGAUGAAACUGUCAUGGUGGGAAUUACUAUGUGGCCUAUGUGCUUUGAAUGUGUCGUGCUGCCAUUUGGAGAUAUAAAAUUGUGUUUAUUAACUGUUCUGCUGUGGUUCAUGUCGUUGCCAAAUAUUUCAAUCCUCCUGUUUGUCUGUAGACAAACUCGUAACAUAUUGCUGAAAUUCUCUAUGUGAAAAUACAUUCAGUUUUGACUGUCUGCUCUCAAAUGAAUUCAUGUGUUUGACGUUUAGAAGUGUGUGAGGUUUUGCCAUGUGUGUUUUGAUACACAUGAUCUCCAGUUGGAAGGGAAUAAAAGAGUUAAUCUCAGCUGUCUCU